AUGGCUAGUUCAACAAAAAAAAAGAAGUAUUCACAAAAGUUCAAGGAUGAGUGGUUACAUCUCGAGCCAUACAAAGGAGAUGCUAUCAAACACUUGUGCUUAGUGGUUAGGUUGACUAUUGAUAAUGAAGUUUGCGACUACUUUUAUGACCUCAUACCCAUUGAAGGGGCAUCUGCUAUAGAUCUUUAUAAUCAUGUGGUAAACUCUUUUGAUAAGGACUCUAUACCUUGGAGAACCAACUUGAUUGGUUUUGCGUCAGAUGGUGCCAAUAAUUUAAUGGGAAAUAACCACUCUGUUAGCACCCUGCUCAAAGAUGAAGUUCCAAAUAUAUUCAUUUUAAAGUGUAUAUGCCACUCUUUUGCACUUUGUGCUUCAUAUGCGUGUGCGAAGUUGCCACAAAUGGCUGAAGAUUUGGUCAAAGAUUUGUAUAACUAUAUACAAAGUAGUCCCAAAAGGAUUGGUGACUUAAAAAUGUUUUAAACGUUUUUACAAAUCAAGCCUCACAAGCUUCUGCACCCAAGCCAGACAAGAUGGCUAUCGCUACAUGCUGCUGUUGCUAGGGUUCUCGAACAAUAUAAUGCCCUCAAGCUGUUUUUCAUAUACGCAGUAUCUCAAGCAGGCUCCUCAGCAAGUGCCCGUCAUAUCCUAGACAAUAUGAAUAACCCAUAUACAUAUAAAACUUUACUUGCUUUUUCUAGACUUCAUUUUGCCUCACUUUAACAAUUUAAACAAGUUGAUGCAGUCUGAGACUGUACAAAUACACAAUCUGAGAAAAAACAUAAUUUCAGUCUUGAAAACCAUAUUGGAAUUUUAUAUAAAGCCUAGUUACUUAGAAUCUACAGAUAUUGAAUCGGUCAACUACCGUAACCCAUCAAAUUUUCUAGAGCUAAAGGAUAUAUAUAUGGGAGCUAAAGUAGAGGCAGUAUUAAAUACAAACAAUUAUCCGGACAAUGAUAUACAAGCAUUGAAAUUAAAAAUUAUGAAUUUUUAUAUAGAAGGGGUAACCCAAAUUUACAAAAGAUUUCCGUUUACCAGCCCUGUGCUGAAGCUAAUAGA